AGCUGUCAAUGUGUUGUCAUUCUAAUUGGAAAUGUCAAAUUGACACGGCGACCGCAUCGUGUUGUACUGGUGCGGCAUCCAAAAAGCCGAUUAGUCGACGUGUAAAGUUGUUAUUACGGAAAUAAUUUAUUUAUCCAGUAUUAAUACCGAUUCAAAAUGUGCGGAAUAUGGGCAUUGUUUGGUGUAAGUGAAGACUUAUGUCCACUAUGUACGGAGAGUUUCGUGACAAUUCGACACCGCGGCCCCGACGCAUGGCGAUUCGAGGCCGAUGCUCGAGAACCAUUUGCGAUAUUUGGCUUCCGACGACUGGCUAUUGUUGACGGACUUCACGGUAUGCAACCGAUGAGAUUACAUCUCUAUCCUCGUACAAACCUCAUUUGUAACGGAGAAAUCUACAACUAUAAACGUUUACAAACACAAUUCAAGUUUCCGUAUGAAACAAAGUGUGAUGUGGAGGCUAUUACGCAUCUGUAUCACAACUUUGGCUUCCAGAAAACUGUAAAGAAUCUAGAUGGUGUAUUCGCAUUUUGUCUAAUGGAUGGAGAGAAAAAGAAAAUUUGUGUUGCUCGUGAUCCGUAUGGUGUCCGCCCGCUCUUCGAAUAUUGGGACGCGGAAAGAGGUGUCUUAGGAAUCUCUUCAGAAGGCAAAGGUCUGAUAAAGUUAAAACAAAACGGCAAUGGUAGUGCCACGUUAAGACAAUUCCCACCUGGUCACUAUGCCCAGUGGAGUAUAUUGGAGGAUGGCAAAGUCAAACUUGAUUUUAUUGAGCGAUACACGUCGCCCGGCAUGCCGCCAAACUUUAUACCGUAUGUUCCGGAGUCAGAGCUAGAAGGCAAGAGUAUAGAAGAGAAGACAGCUUAUCUCUUAGAAGCAGCGUGUGAAAAGAGAUUGAUGUCAGACAGACGUAUAGGAUGUUUACUUAGUGGUGGCUUAGAUUCCUCACUUAUUGCCUCUCUAGUUGUAAAACUUGCUAAAAAACACAACUUGCCAUAUAAAAUACAAACAUUCGCUAUCGGAAUGGGUGACUCACCAGAUUUAAUCGCGGCUCGCUCCGUCGCCGAUUACUUGGGAACUGAACACCAUGAAGUACAAUUUGACGAAAACGAUGUAAAGCAGGCACUGGACAACGUAAUCUAUCACUUAGAAUCGUUUGACAUUACUACGAUUCGCGCUAGUUUACCUAUGUAUUUGCUAUCGAAGUAUAUCAAGGAAAAGACUAACACUACUGUGGUAUUCAGUGGGGAGGGAGCAGAUGAAUUAGCACAAGGCUACAUUUACUUUAGGGAUGCUCCUUCCGAAAACGUAGCACAUGAAGAGAGCUUGCGUUUACUCUCCGAUAUUUACUUGUACGACGGUCUCCGAGCGGACCGAACGACUAGUGCAUUCAGUUUGGAGCUCCGUGUACCGUUCUUAGAUAUUCAGUUUACUCACCACUAUCUCAGCCUUGACCCGAAACUGAGGCAACCCCAAAACGGCAUAGAGAAACAUUUACUUAGGAACAGUUUCGCAAAAAGUGGAUUGUUGCCAGACACCAUUUUGUGGCGUCACAAAGAGGCCUUCAGCGACGGCGUGGCCUCCGUAAAGAAGUCAUUGUUUACUGUUAUCGGGGAUAUAAUAGCUGAAAGGUCAAUAGAGGAGAAUGCCGUAUAUCCAGGAGUACAGCCGAAGACAGCAGAGUCAAAAUAUUACCGCUACGUGUUUGAGAAGUCCUUCCCCGGGCAGCAUGUAUUUACUCCGUAUUAUUGGAUGCCGAAAUGGGUCGCUGGGGUGUCCGAUCCUUCUGCGAGAUUUAUAAAACAUUACGCGGCUAACUAAAGCAAUUUCUGGUUGUACAAAGUUUAUAUAAAAGUGAUUUUUGUAAGUCGCUUAUUAUCUGGAGCCUAGCUCUUUUGUUUGUGCUGUGUUGUAUCUUAUACAUUUAAUUUGUCAAGUAAGUUAUACAAAAGCUUGUUAUAACUACCGCCGCAGAAUGUUUGAAUCGUAAUCUUUACGUAAGUUUAAUAAUUUUUAUUUGCCAUAACUUUCAUUGUUUCUUCAAAUACCGAUACAAUACUGUGAGUUAAAAUGUUCUAAAGUUGGUCUGUCUUGAUUCGUUCGUGAGAAUUACAAUAACAGAAGUGAAACAAAGCGUAUGAACUCCAUUAAUUGACUUGCGGUGUUCCGUAUAACUUGGUCCUCAUUAUUCCCUCGUCGAUUUAGUCUUCGGUAAAUCUGGUGGUACCAGCAGGUACAUUUACUUUGAGAUAAUUUUACUACUGUUCUCUGUUCAGGCUGUUAUUAACUGUUGUUUAUGAUUGCAAUAUUUUUUUUUGUUUAGUUUUGUACGGGGAUUCAAAAUCUCCGAAUGUUGUAAUACUUUUACGUACAAAUUGUUGAUUUUGACAAUAUUUUAUCUUAUUACUGAAGUACCUACAUGUGUUUUACUAACUGCUACCUCUUACAAGUGAAAUAAAAAGCAAUUAAGUAAAAUAUUUUUAAUAAAAAAAGUGACACUGAAUGCAAACUUUGUAGGAAUCAUCAUGAAGUUUAUUUAAUAAACAAAAUAAAUAUUUUUUAUUUGUCACUUCAAAACAUUUGCAAGCUUGUGCAUUUGAAAAAGGAAUUGUGUGAUCUGUGUAUCUUCUAAAUUUUAUUAAAAAUUAAAU